CCAGGACCUUGCGGAUUCAGGGCUCCGCAUUCUUUCCUUUUCUCCGCCCUCUAUGCUAAUCCAGGCCAUAUGAAGUAUUUAUCCAACAAGUUCGGUCCUGUGAUUGUAAAACAAGUGGACGGAGAGAUGAGACGGCUAGCGCUUUGUGUGUUUCCCUUUGUUAUGCUGAUAAUAUGGAUUGACUUUACAGAAGCUGCUACAGAACAUAAAGCAAAACCAGGCGUGUGCCCACAGAGCCGUGGAUAUGGGUUGUGCGCAGAGUUCUGCACCAACGACAGUGAUUGCCCCAAGGAUGAAAAAUGCUGCAGCAACGGAUGUGGUCACCAGUGUACCGCACCUUACACAGCAAAACCAGGCGUGUGCCCGCUGAGCCGUAGAUUUGGGUUGUGCGCAGAGUCCUGCACCAACGACAGUGAUUGCCCCAAGGACGAAAAAUGCUGCGGCAACGGAUGUGGUCACCAGUGUAUCGCACCUUACACAGCAAAACCAGGCGUGUGCCCGCGGAGCAGUGGAUUCGGGGUGUGCGCAGAGUUCUGCGCCAACGACAGUGAUUGCCCCAAGGAUGAAAAAUGCUGCAGCAACGGAUGUGGUCACCAGUGUACCACACCUUACACAGCAAAACCAGGCGUGUGCCCGCGGAGCAGUGGAUUCGGGGUGUGCGCAGAGUUCUGCGCCAACGACAGUGAUUGCCCCAAGGAUGAAAAAUGCUGCAGCAACGGAUGUGGUCACCAGUGUACCGCACCUUACACAGCAAAACCAGGCGUGUGCCCGCUGAGCCGUAGAUUUGGGUUGUGCGCAGAGUCCUGCACCAACGACAGUGAUUGCCCCAAGGACGAAAAAUGCUGCGGCAACGGAUGUGGUCACCAGUGUAUCGCACCUUACACAGCAAAACCAGGCGUGUGCCCGCGGAGCAGUGGAUUCGGGGUGUGCGCAGAGUUCUGCGCCAACGACAGUGAUUGCCCCAAGGAUGAAAAAUGCUGCAGCAACGGAUGUGGUCACCAGUGUACCGCACCUUACACAGCAAAACCAGGCGUGUGCCCGCGGAGCCGUAGAUAUGGGUUGUGCGCAGAGUCCUGCACCAACGACAGUGAUUGCCCCAAGGACGAAAAAUGCUGCGGCAACGGAUGUGGUCACCAGUGUACCGCACCUUACACAGCAAAACCAGGCGUGUGCCCGCGCCGGAGCCGUGGAGCAGGGAUGUGCGCAGAGUUCUGCGCCAACGACAGUGAUUGCCCCAAGGAUGAAAAAUGUUGCCACAACGGAUGUGGUCACGAGUGUAUCGCACCUUACACAGUGAAACCUGGUCGCUGUGGCCUCCCGAAGGGGACCCCGAUGUGCGCAGAGUACUGUUACCAUGACGGCCAAUGUCCAGCGGAGCAGAAGUGUUGUCCGACAACCUGUGGCCACUCCUGCAGUGAACCAUGCUGAUUGGACAAUGGUGCUACCACAGGAGCUGAGACCUCAACAUUUUGUACUUGAGUUUUGUUUUUACAUGCAGGCAAACAUAAAAAUAACCUUCCAUGGGAAUGUUGUGAUUUUCUUGUUGUAUUAUUGCUGUUUUUGCUUUUUGUCCACUUUUCAGUAAAGGAGUAUGAAUUCC